UAAAAAUGAGUUCAUAUCCUACUAAAUCAUCUAAAUUGAGCUUUAAAGGCGAGAAAAAAAAACGAAAAAAACGACCAUUGACAUCAGAAAGUGUUACUGAAAUCAAUACAGAUAAAAUAGAUACCGAUGACACUGAAGAAAACGGAUGGAUUCGUUUAACAUCACUUGAUGAUAUUAACGGCCCGAUAUUUUUGGUAUUUCUAUCAUCAACUCCCAUAGCACUUUCUUGCGAUGCAUCUGGAAAAGUUUUUGGCAUGCCUAUAAAUUCUUGUGAUGACUUGAAUCUUAUUGAGCCGGAUGAUGUUCGUCAAGUAUGGGUAAGCACCGCUCUUUCAGAUACUGGAAAAUAUAGCUUUAAAUCAUCCACUGGAAAAUAUUUGUCAUGUGAUAAAUAUGGAUUUCUUUCAGCAAAGCAUGAUGCAGUUGGUUAUAGUGAACAAUUUGAAUGUUUCCUUAGAGAGAAUGGCCUUGCAAUCCAAAGUGUUUAUGAAAAAUUUAUUAGUGUUCAUGAAUUAGAUAGUGGCAUAGAAAUUCGAGGAGAUGCGGAAACUAUUGGAUUUUGUGAGAGUUUUAGAGCAAAAAUACAAGGAUGUUAUAAAAAGCGAAAAAUUGUAACAAAAGAAACUACUGUAAAUAAAAUCCGAAGUAAAGAAUUAGAAUCCAUGACCGGACGGAAAUUGAGUAAAGAAGAAAUUAUACAAUUAAAGACAGCCUUUAAAGAAGGAACUUUAAAUGAAGCCUUACUUGAUAUUCGAGUUAAACAUGGCCGUGAUAAAUUUGCAUUUUAUUGAUUAUUAGCGAUAUAUAUAAUUUAUUUUUCCCAAGUUUCAGUGCAAAUCUCAUCCAUAUUAUGUGUACCAUCUAAAUAUCUAAUAAAAUUAAAUUAUAUUUCUAUCAUUUUUAAAUGUAUUAUAUACUUCAGCAAUGAUUCAUCAAUAUUUUGGGAAUUAUAUGGCUCUGCUAAAAAAGGAUAUCUAUGAAUUCUAUAUAAGAAUCCUUUUAUGAUCCCAAAAGAUAUAAAACGACGUAUAUCGAUUCCACUUAAUGAUAAUCUAUUUUCAAUAAUCCAAUCUUUUAAUGUAAUUCCUUGUCGCAAAGAACAAUAUAAAUGAAAAACAAAUGCAAAAGAUAAAGAAAUAUCAUGUCCUAGAGAUAUUUAAGAAAAAGAUUAAAAAAAAUGCAAAAAAAUUACGUGUAGAAAUAUAUGCAAGACAUUCUUCUCGAAGUGCCGAAUCUUCAAUUAACAUAUUAAUGUUUGGUGUUGGAGCAUACAUAUUGCUAAAUUUAAAAAUAUCGACCAUAAUCAAACACCCAUAAUAUCUCAUAUAAAAUUAGUUAAAGUAGACGAGAAAAUGAUUAUCUACAAAAGAUGUUCCAUGCAUCGACAAACAAACAUAUAAUCUGUAUUUGUCAACUCAGUAAUUCUUCUGACAGAAUUUAUCCCAUCAAUAAAUGGAACAAUCUGUCAAAAAUAAAUGUCAAUAUAUAUAAUUUCCAACAACUAUAUUACCUUUCGAACAUAUAGGAACCUGAUGAGGCAAUACUUUUGGUGGAUUUGAAAACGUUGGAAACAAUUUAAUAUUGAUUGUAUUUGUUUCAUCUUUCCCUUUAUUAUAACUUUUUUUCUAAGAUAUCGUACUUACCAAUUGGUAUCAUACAUUCACAAUAAUUAUUCAAAUCCUCCAUUAUCUGUUCAAUAAUAUUAUAAAUUAUCAUCCUUUUUUUUUGUUUAGAUAUAAAAUUUCCCUGUUCCUGUAUUUUUUGUCAAUCCUGUAUUUUUACUCCAUUCAUUCCAUUACUUCUAAUGAUUUAAACACUUUUGCUAAUCGUUUAACUACAGGAACAUAACAUGAACUAUCAUCCUUCUCUCUAAAUACAAGGGCACAAUUAAAUAUCAACGCGUUCCUUUCAUAAGUCCUAUCAACAAUACAUAUAGGAUGUCCUAAAAUUCUAUAUCCAUUUGUACAAAUCGCUACAACUCGAUCACAAAGUUUUCGUUUAGGUAUAAUAUAUUCAGAUAUAGGUUCAAAUUCAAAUAAAGGUUCUUUAUCCACGACUUCUUCCUCCAAUGUAAUCGCAUUAGGCGGCACUUGAUAAACAAUUUG